AUGUUGUGCGCUUGUUCUUCCGGUGAGCAGUUUAAAUUCGAAGAGCCGCCGCAGUCGCCGGAUUCCCUCGCCACCAGGGAUUUCUCCGCUAGCGGACUCUCUUCCAGGAACACCGGGGAGUGGGAACCUAAGUUCGAUGAAACGCAAGUAGAACAAGCUGAAUCUACUCUUAAAGAAGCUCUCUCCUUAAAUUAUGAGGAGGCUAGGGCUUUGUUGGGGAGACUUGAAUACCAAAGAGGGAAUUUCGAUGCUGCACUUCAAGUGUUUCAGGGUAUAGACAUCAAGGGUUUGACCCCAAGAAUGAUCAAGGCUAUUGCUGAAAGAACCAAGCAAAGGAAACCACGUUCCAAGGCAGACAUCGUGGUUUCGAAUGUGAUGUCUUUGCACUCUGUUAGCCUGCUUCUUGAGGCAAUUUUGCUCAAAGCAAGGUCAUUGGAGGAACUUGGGGAAUACAUCGAGGCUGCAAAGGAGUGCAGAAUAGUUCUUGAUACAAUUGAAUCUGCCCUUCCUAAUGGAAUGCCUGAGGGUAUUGGCGAAGAUUGUAAGUUGCAAGAGAUGUUUCAUAAAGCAUUGGAAUUACUUCCAAGCCUGUGGAUCAAAGCAGGAUUUCUUGAUGAAGCUGUAGCUGGAUAUCGUCGUGCUCUGCUCAAGCCAUGGAAUUUGGAGCCACAAAGGUUGGCUGCUGUACAAAAAGAUUUAGCUACGAUACUACUCUAUGGCGGUGUUGAAGUUAGCCUAUCCUCUCAGUUGCAUGUCUGGGGUAAGACAACACCUGAGAGUAGUGUUGAAGAGGCAAUACUUUUGCUAGUAUUACUCAUGAGCAAGGUGGCAAUACGGGAAAUAGAUUGGGAUGCUGAAAUAAUGGAUCAUCUUACCUUUGCACUUUCAGUCAGUGGGAUGUUUGAGUUAUUGGCAGAUCAUGUAGAGCAGAUUCUUCCUGGUAUCUAUAGUCGAGCUGAGAGGUGGUACUUUCUUGCUCUGUGUUAUAGUGCAGCAGGACAUAAUGAGGUGGCAUUGAACCUUUUAAGGAAGGCUUGUGGCAGUUCUGAAGCAAACCAUAGACCCCAUUUUCUCUCAUUUUUGUUUGGGGCAAAACUCUGUUCCUUAGAUCCUCGCCAUGCUCAUGAAGGCGUUAACUUUUCACGUAAAGUUAUUGAGCUAGCUCAGCGCCAAAAUGAGCAUUUUCUGAGUCAAGGCCAUAAAUUUCUUGGCAUCUCCUAUGGUGCUGCAGCUAGAAUUUCUGUACUCGAUUCUGAAAGAAGUAUAUUUCAAGGAGAGUCUUUGGACUCUCUAAACUGUGCUGCUGUAAAUGGAAAUGAUGACCUGGAAGCAAUAUUCAGCCUUGGACUAGAAAAUGCAAUUCAACGGAAUCUGGAUGCAGCUUACAACAACAUAAUGAUGUUCUCAGACAUGACUGUUGGCAGUUCAAGAGGUUGGAAGCUCUUAGCACUUAUAGUAUCUGCACAGAAGCGGUUUAAGGAUGCUGAGACUAUAGUUGAUUUUGCUUUAGAUGAGGCCGGGGGAAUGGAUCAACUUGAUCUUCUGAGAUUGAAAGCAGUACUUCAAAUUGCUCAGCUGCAACCCAGGCAAGCGAUAGAGACAUAUAGGAUCUUGCUUGCACUAAUUCAAGCAAAAAAGGAGCUUUGGCUUCAUGAUAACAACAUAGAUCUAGAACAAGUAUUUGUGCAUGAGGCAUUAACAGAAAGGAAGGUGGAAAUGGAAGCCUGGCAGGAUUUGGCUACCAUUUAUAAAGAUAUCGGUUCCCUGCUUGAUGCAAAAACUUGUGUUGACAAGGCCCAAUUGAUAAAAUUUUUUUCUCCAAGAAGUUGGCAUAUUACAGGGGUGGUGCUUGAAGCUCAAUCAUUAUACAAAGAGGCAUUUGUUUCCUUCUCAAUAUCAUUGUCAAUAGAACCAGAUUACAUUCCCAGUAUCAUUUCUACUGCAGAAUUGUUGAUGAAACUUGGUAUGCAAUCACUUCCAAUUGCAAGAAGUUUUUUAAUGAAUGCUUUACGGUUAGAACCUACGAACCAUGAUGCUUGGUUCAACCUUGGUUUGGUUUCAAAAACGGAAGGUUUAUUACAACAAGCAGCAGAGUUCUUUCAAGCUGCUUAUGAGCUGGAGCUUUCAUCUCCAGUGCAAAAAUUUUAA